AUGGAAGAAUCCGUCCAUAAAAGGGAUCUACGCCGACAAGGUGACGAGCAAAGAGAACUGAAACUUCGCUUUCCAUUCGUGGAAUGUGCAGCGCAUAAGUGGUACAUUCGCAUCCGUCACGCAGUCUUAGAGGGUGAAGACAUGGAACUUGCCUAUACGAUGCUUGACAACCUUCUUGCGGAGAGGCGAGUGUUUACCGCUUGGCGAGUUAUGACAUGGCCGACAAGGGGAACCAAGGGUCUCACCGCGCUUUAUGAGGCUGCUUGGGCUGGCUUAGCUGGAUAUGCUGCACAUCUGCUUGAGAGAGGAAAUAGCAUAGAAGAGCGCGAUGCGUGCCAAAAUACACCUUUGUACUGGGCUGCCAGUUCCGGUCACCAUGACGUGGUACAACUUUUGCUUGACAACGGAGCUGACCCCAACGCAGAACAAACCGAAAAAUACAACUCACUACAUCUGGCAGCUAGAAGAAAUCAUGCUGCAGUGGCCACACUUUUGCUCGCUGCUGGCGUCCACCCGCUCACCCCCAAGACGCAGGCUCACUUUAAGCGAUUCCUGGAAGCGGUUGUGGAUAUCAACUCGGAGCCACAGGGCGACAAACCUGUCUUCAAAUAUAUAAAGCAUGGUGUGGUUGCUCCGAAUUACCACUGUGAUUACGAUUUUGACGAGAAGGAGGAUGACCUCACCGAGACCGUCUUCGACUUUUUUGAGGAAGCUGGAGCCGACUUCCUCACACAAGAAAAUGCAGGGUCCUCGUUGCUUCACUUAUUAGCCUCUAAAAAGGCAAGUAACAGCGAAACUAAAAUCCCCGGGCAAUGUGAUCCGGCGAUUCAUGAUUCUGAUGAGCCGAGGACUUGA